UAAAAUGAGCAAAUGUCCCCAUUGAGCUUGAGGGGCAUAAUAGGAAGACGACUACAAAUUCAGAUCAAAUCUUUAUAGCAUCUUUUACUUAAAUAAUUAUUUGAUCCCAUCAAGCCAAAAGGGGUCUAUUUAUAGUCCAAACUUCAUAGCACUUCUCAUCACUCACUCUUACAUAAACACUUCACAAAAAAAAAAAAAAAAACUCUCUUUGUACUCUGUUCUUUUGCUUUCUGCUUAAGCAAAAAUCAGCAAUGGGGAAACUAGUUUCAUUUUUCCUUUUGGCCCUCAUUGCCAUUUCCAUGGUUGCAGCCACUGUUCUUGCUGCUGAUGCCCAGUACCACAUUGCUCGUUCAAGGUAUGGUCCAGGGAGCUUGAAGCCAUCACAAUGCCUGCCACAAUGUACGAGGAGAUGUAGCAAGACACAGUACCACAAGCCAUGCAUGUUCUUCUGUCAGAAAUGCUGCAAGACAUGCCUAUGUGUUCCUCCUGGUUUCUAUGGAAACAAAGGUGUUUGCCCUUGCUACAACAACUGGAAGACCAAGGAAGGAGGACCCAAGUGCCCUUGAAACAAAAUUUUAGUACCAACAUUAAUGCUACUCUAAUAGGUCACCCUAAGUUAAAUUGAUAAUGUUGUUUGUUGGUCUUCUUGUUCCCAUUACUGCUGGUAUAUUUGUAUUGUCUGAAUCAUGCCUUUUUUUAUUUACUUUUUGUGUUCAAAGUGUUGCUUUUACUCUUAUCUAUGUAAUAUGCUCCUUUGGGCAGAAUACUUUUGUUUUGUCCUAUAUGAGAGCUGUUUGACAAAUUCUUUUGUUGGUCUCUAUUGUUAUGUUUUUACUCUUUUCUAAUACAUAACAAUAACCGUCUUGUCCA